ACUCUCAACGGCGAUUAACGACCCUCACCCCAUAGGCCCAAACCAACCGGAGCGCCAUACCACUGCCCCUCUUCCUCACGAGGCAGUACCGAACUUCGUAUAUAAUCAAGGCUCGGGUCCAACGACACUCAAGCCUUACACCCUCGAAAGUCGAAACCCUCGCUCCAUUCCUCUCUCUCUCUCUCUCUCUCUUUUCUAGCAUGGCUGCCACUGCGCUUGCUGAAUCGGUCGAGAACGGGUCGGCGCCGCCGCUGGAAUCUGACACAGAGCAAGAGCUCUCUGAGAUCGGCGCCAUUAGUACGGGCGACGCCGCGGCUACCAUUAACACAACCAUAGAUGAAACUAUUGCCACUGAGGCAGCUCAACCGACGUCUACGGCAGCUCCGGCUUCGGAGAGGAAGUGGCCUGGGUGGCCCGGGGACUGUGUGUUCCGGCUUAUAGUGCCGGUACUCAAAGUCGGCAGCAUAAUCGGCCGCAAGGGCGAGUUGAUCAAGAAAAUGUGUGAGGAGACUCGCGCCCGCAUUCGUGUUCUGGAAGGUGCCGCCGGGACUCUUGAUCGCAUUGUACUGAUAUCUGGAAAAGAAGAGCCAGAGGCACCAAUAUCCCCUGCAAUGGAUGCUGUGCUUAGAGUUUUCAAACGUGUCACUGGAUUUUCUGAGAGUGAGGGUGAUGCCAAAGCAGCAGGAGCAGCAUUUUGUUCAGUUCGUUUACUGGUGGCAUCCACGCAAGCCAUUAAUUUAAUUGGAAAGCAAGGUUCUCUAAUCAAGUCAAUACAGGAGAGCACUGGAGCUUCUGUGCGGGUUUUGUCUGGAGAUGAAGUACCAUUCUAUGUUGCCUCAGAUGAGAGAAUUGUAGAGUUGUUGGGGGAAGCCCUAAAGGUUUUCAAAGCACUAGAAGCUGUAGUGGGGCACCUAAGAAAGUUCUUGGUGGAUCGUAGUGUUAUUCCUUUAUUUGAGAAGAGUUACAAUGCAAUGAUGUUGCAAGAUCGCCAAGUAGAGACCUGGGCUGAUAAGUCAUUGAUGCACAGCUCUUCUCAAACUGGAAUUAGUUCUGAUUAUCCUAUUUCUGUUAAGAGGGACCCUGUGUUCCUUGAUCGUGAAACCCAGAUGGCAUCAAAAAUCCCACCUUCUGGACUUUCACUCUAUGGGCAAGAUUCCGGACUUUCAGGACUACGUUCUUCAGGACUUGGUCGCCCUGUUGCUCCUAUUGUUACCCAGGUUGUCCAAACAAUGCAAAUACCGCUCUCUUAUGCCGAGGAUAUUAUUGGGAUUGAAGGGACAAAUAUUGAAUAUAUUCGGCGUACCAGUGGUGCUCUCCUGACUGUGCAAGAGAGUAGGGGCCUGCCGGAUGAAAUUACUGUGGAAAUUAAAGGGACAUCAUCACAGGUUCAGACAGCUCAGCAACUUAUUCAGGAAUUUAUGAACCACAAAGAAUCGGUGGCAAGCAGCUAUGGCAUGAUAGACUCUGGUUUGAGGACUUCCUAUUCUCAUUCUCAGUUGGGACAUGCCUCAUAUCCUUCAUCUUCUUUGUCAGCACAGGCCUACAGUGGCUAUGGAUCUUCCACUGUUGGAGGAUAUAGCAGUUUCAGGCUGUGAAAUUGUAAUCCUGCAAUUUAUGAUGUGUUUUUGAUCCGGAAUUAGUUUCUUUCCAUCUCCCAUUUUUCCUUUAAGAGGAAAAUUUCAAUUCAAAUUUAAUCAUUGUGUAAAGCUUUUAAAGAUGGUUCUUGCUUUUUCCAAGUAUAUUCGUCCAGGCAUAUUAUCAAUUUAGUCUCGUUGGCAAAUUUAGCAUGAAUGACAGAAAAUGUAGUGAAUUUGAACUA